GUUGGAACUUGACUCCAUUCCGUCCAAGUCGGUUGUCCUUAGUUUUCCGUUCGCUGGCAGGUUCAGCUGAGCUGGAUCAUCAUCAUACCAUAGAACCACAGGCAUACGUAGAUUGUGUCCUCUCACCUCUUUGCCUCUAUCCAUAAUGAACCCUUCAACAAUCCGCAUUGCCCUCCGUGCGCGACCGCAGUACUUUAUCCGACGUGUUCCAGUGGGCAUGAAUAGGAAGAUAUCCCACUCGAUAAUCUCGCAGUAUCCUACAAACACUUUAACGUCGAACCAGGCAAGAGAGGACUCUGCUCUCAUAGAAACGGAGAAAGUCAAACCUGGUCAUGCCGUCAUUUCCACAUUCGAUUUGUUCAGCAUUGGCGUGGGCCCAAGUAGCUCACACACGGUUGGGCCCAUGCGUGCUGGCAAGAUUUUCAUUGCUGACUUGCAAGAGUUGCAGAUGUUGGAGAAGGUCAAAACUUUGAAGAUAGUCCUCUAUGGAUCUCUGGCCGCUACGGGAAAAGGCCAUCACACUCCGCAAGCGAUACUCCUCGGGCUUGAAGGUUCGGACCCUGAAACUAUCGACACCGGUACAAUUUCUUCCCGUUAUGAGGCCAUACUAGCAAAUAGGACUCUUCAUCUCGGAGGCAUUCGCCGCGUCAACUUUGACAUGGACCGUGAUAUGUUGUGGCGGUGGGAUCAAGUACUAAAGACACACCCGAAUGGCAUGCGUUUCUCAUGCUUUGGCGAAGAAGGCGAACUCUUGGCAACUAACGAGUAUUUCAGCGUUGGAGGAGGCUUUGUAGUAAAUGAGAAGACAAAAGUAGACGAAAAUUUAUUUUACAAGGGUGUCGACAAGAGCGUGGUGCAUGGAGCAAGGUUGCAUCAGACCCAUAACGCCGCCGAAGGAGAUCAAACCCAAGACCAACCAGCAACAAAUGAUCCUGGGCAUCCGCCCUAUCCGUUUGAGUCUGGAAAUAGUCUGCUAGCACUUACGAGAAAACACAACCUCACUAUCGCACAAAUCGUGCACGAUAAUGAACGCUAUUUUGGUUUAUCCGAGGCCGAUAUCGACAACAAGCUCAUGCGGAUAUGGGCGGUCAUGGAUGAUUGCAUCCGGUCAGGGGUGAGCACCGCUGAGAAGACUCUCCCCGGUCGUUUAGGUCUCCGACGCCGUGCCCCGAUGCUGUACAAACGCUUGAUGCGAGGGUUCUAUCCCGGGAUUGCAACGCCCGAUUUGCAGCUCAUCGGUUCCGCAUCCGCCGCCUCUGUUGGGGCAAUAGACGCGCCAGAAUCAGACACACAAUUUUCGUCUAAUGCAGACGGAAGUGACAGGUGUGGUGAAGUAAGUGCAUCAGGGAAAAUGCCGCGCGCCCCAUUGGUUACAGGUUCAUUCGAUCAUGCAAUUCUUCCAAUGCCUCCGCGUAAGACAAUGAUACCCGCUGUCGAUUUCCUUUCUUGUUACGCAAUCGCUGUAAAUGAGGUCAACGCCAGCGGAGGGCGCAUCGUCACCUCACCAACAAAUGGCGCAGCCGGUGUUAUCCCUGCUGUGUUGAAGUAUGUCAUCGAAUUCAUCAGCGACGACCCCGAGAAGUCGAUCAAGACCUUCUUGCUGACCGCAGCAGCAGUGGGCAUGCUAUUCAAGAGGGGCAGUACGAUUUCAGCUGCGGAAGGAGGGUGCCAAGCGGAAGUCGGUGUUGCGUGUUCUAUGGCCAGUGCUGGGUUUGCUGCCUGCAUGGGUGCGUCGCCCGAAACUGUCCUUCAGGCUGCAGAAAUUGGCAUCGAACAUAAUCUGGGAUUAACUUGUGACCCCAUUGACGGGCUGGUCCAGGUGCCUUGCAUUGAACGAAAUAGCCUAGGUGCUGUGAAGGCCGUGACCGCAGCUCAGCUUUCCAUGGCUAGCACCGGCGUAUACCGUGUAACCUUGGACGAAGCAAUUGAGGCAAUGCGCCUCACCGCGGCUGACAUGAGCGUCAAAUACAAAGAAACUAGUCUAUCCGGUCUUGCUACAACCGUGAAAAUUCCGCUGACUGUACCUGCAUGCUAAGCGGCUUGCCAAUUGGGUAACUACAAUGACUCGAUUUUGUUCUGUGCUUAAUUAUCGCUUUAGAUACCUGCUUUUUAGAAUAUAGACGGUCUAGGUUUCAGACAUCAACCUGGUUAUGACUCCAAGAUGAUUCGGUAAUUUUUAUCCGUGCCCAUACCUUGAAUAAUACCUACUACAUUUCGAAUUGUCAUAGAUUUCUGACAGUGCUCUGGACGUUUUAUGAUCGCUUUGUUGGAUCGAAUUUAGAGCGAGAUCCUUGGGUUAUAUAGAUACUUAUCUAUAACUUGUGAG